AUGUUCAUCUUUAUCAAACAUGGAGAUAAUCGUCAGUUUCUGGCCAAUACCAAUUGUUCUGUUCUCCUGUUGCUGCAUUACAUUCGCAAGAAAAUGGGGUUGCGUAAAACAGACACCAUCGAUUUGUGUGAUGAAUCAGGGACAAUGAAGCUACUUUUUCUGACGAAGACCCCUGCAGACUAUGCCAGCAAAUUCCUUACAGUUCGAAACACCUACUAUGUUUGUAAGGUGGUGCGUGGGGCAGCAGGAACCAGACUUGAGAAUGCCUACAGAGCUGUUGUGCCCCUCCUGAAGAAUCCAGAAACAGAGCUAGUUGAGGCACUACGCACACAAUGUGACUUCCUGGAAAGGAGCAGAGUGAAGAUGCUUAGAAGCCUAGAAGCCAAGAAAGUCGCUGCAGUUGAAUCCUCUGUGAAUCUCCCAGUAAGACUCAAGUGCAGCCUGGCCCAGCACCCCCCUCUUCCCACCAGCCAACUGCAGACCAAAUCAGGACGUUCUCAUGAAGUUGGGCCCCCUCCUACCCGCAGACCACUCUAUAAGUCCAGAGCAGACUUUCUCAGUAGGAAGGGUAAACAUCGCUAA